AUGCUGGUCGAACUGAAAAACGGCGAAACUCUCAAUGGUCAUCUAGUAAACUGCGAUACGUGGAUGAACCUGACGCUGAAGGAGGUUGUGCAGACGAGUCCAGAGGGAGAUAGAUUCUGGAGGCUGCCAGAAUGUUAUGUGAGAGGGAAUAAUAUCAAAUACCUUCGGGUGCCUGAAGAAGUCAUCGAGCUCGCGAGAGAACAACAACAGCAACAACAGCACCAACAGGGUGGCGGGCAGCGCGGCGGACGCGGGGGCGGGCAAGCUGGUCACGGCGCCGGUGGAAGGGGAGGUGGUGAUCGUGGACGAGGGGGCGGUGGACAGGGAAGGGGAGGCGGAAGAGGGCAUGGGCGUGGGCGAGGUGGAGGAGGAAGAGGGCAAGGUUGA